GUAUCAUUUAGUGCUUACUUUGUGCCAGGAACUGUUACAAGUGCUUUGCAUGCAAUCCUCAUUUAAUAAUUACGGCAACCCUAUGCUAUAGAUGAUAUUGUUAGCUCCGUUUUACAGCUAGAGGCACAGAAAAUUAAGUGGCUUUCCAAAGAUCAGACAGCUAACAUAUGCCAGAGCCAGGAUUUGAAGACUGGCAGUGAGCUCCAGUGCCUGUGCCUUUAGCUACCUCAUGAUGUUUUGAGUAAGCUUUCAGAAAGACGUGUUCACAAAAGGCGGUGUUUUAGGACCCAGAAGGUAUAAAACUGGUAGAGAAGGAAGUACAGUGUGUGUAAUUUGACCUGCUAUAAGGAAGUUAGCAACUUGCAGGUAGCUUUUCGGACUUGCUCUGGCGCUCCAAUACCGUCAACGAGUGAUUCUCCAACAGGGCUUAUCAUGGCUUCCAGUCACACUGUGUUGAUGCGGCUGGUGGCCUCGGCGUAUUCUGUUGCUCAAAAGGCAGGAACCAUAAUCAGACGUGUUCUUGCUGAAGGAGACCUGGGUAUCGUGGAGAAGACCUGUCCCACAGACCUGCAGACCAAAGCUGACCGGUUGGCACAAAUGAGUGUAUGCUCUUCACUGGCACGGAAAUUCCCCAAACUAACAAUUAUAGGGGAAGAGGAUCUGCCUUCUGAAGAAGUAGAUCAAGAACUGAUUGAAGAUGGUCAGUGGGAGGAGAUACUGAAGCAACCGUGCCCAUCACAGUACAGUGCUAUUAAAGAGGAGGAUCUUGUGGUCUGGGUUGAUCCUCUGGACGGGACCAAGGAAUACACUGAAGGUCUUCUUGACAACGUGACAGUUCUUAUUGGAAUUGCUUAUGAAGGAAGAGCCAUAGCAGGAGUUAUUAAUCAGCCAUAUUACAACUACCAGAACAAUGAAAAGCAGAAGUUAAGGGAACACGGGAAUGAAGCAAAGGCAGGACCAGAUGCUGUGUUGGGGAGGACAAUCUGGGGAGUUUUAGGUUUAGGUGCCUUUGGGUUUCAGCUGAAAGAGGCACCUGCUGGAAAACACAUCAUCACAACCACCCGGUCCCAUGGCAGCAAGUUGGUGAUGGACUGUGUGGCGGCUAUGAACCCGGACGAUGUGCUACGAGUGGGAGGAGCAGGAAAUAAGAUUAUUCAGCUGAUUGAAGGCAAAGCCUCUGCCUAUGUAUUUGCAAGUCCUGGAUGUAAGAAAUGGGAUACUUGUGCUCCAGAAGUUAUUUUACAUGCUGUGGGAGGCAAGUUAACCGAUAUCCAUGGAAAUGCCCUUCAGUAUAACAAGGAAGUGAAGCAUAUGAACUCCGCAGGCGUCCUGGCCACACUGCGCAAUCACAACUACUAUGCAAGUCGAGUUCCAGAAUCCGUUAAAAGUGCUCUUGUUCCUUAAAGGAAAAUCUCAUGGACUUAGCUAGGAGAAGAACUUGAUUCUCAAAAUACUGUACUUUAAUUAGAUGGAAUUAGAGUUCCACUUUAUUCAUUGUUGAUCAGUGAUUUAUAUUUACUUAGGAGUAGAAAAAGGAAUUAAAGAAUUUCUUGAUUAAUUAUUCACCCAGACCAGUUGUGACAACUGAAGGGUUUAUAAAGUAAGUGUGUUGAUGGUUCUUUUCCUCCUUGUAUUUGGAUAAAUGAAAGGAAGGCUUAAUUUCAACUCCCUAUUCUGGUCAGUUGUAUAAUCAACAUUCCUGUUAUUGUGAACAAGAUUUCUUGUGGCACAAAACCACAAGUUGUUAUCUGAAUCUCAUUCUUGUUUUUCACAGUAGUUUUAAAAGUUGUCCUUAUUCCAGUGAUACUAUACACUAAUACUCCAGGGAUGAAUACACUAAAAUGUCAUGUAUGUGGAUGAAACAGAUUUAUGGGAAGAUUCUUUAUAAUAAAUGAAAUCAUUUAAUUCUA